AGCAUGAACGUGCAGUGAGGGUUUAGGGCACACUGCGUCGAUUCUUCACUUCUUCGUUUUCUCUUUGCCAUCAUCCUCCGGAGGCAGAGGUGACUGGCUCCAUCAACUUCGGUGUCUUCAUUCUCCAUCUUCUCCAGCGUCUUCGCGCUGGUAGAGGCAGUUCCAUGAUUUCCAGUUCAUUACCCCGCGUAUUUUCUGGGAAUGAUGACCUCCAUUGCUUGAUUCCUUGCACAGUUUCUUAUGCUAAAUUAUUAUAAAAAAAUCUCUUAUAAUUCUGGGAAAUUUAGACGAUAACAUUGACUUCACCUUGUUAGAUAAGGCUUCUUGUUGUUUAGAUGAUGAUAGGAAAAUGUGUUGAAUUACUCUGGUCCUUAUUAUAAGGCAUCUUCUAGAAGAGAUUGAUGAUCCUUAAUAUAAAACACUUGAUAGGGUAUUAAUUAAGUUUUUCCAAUAUUGUCAUUAUUUAAACUCAUGAAUUAUAAGAGAGAAUGUAAUGUAAGUUUGAAAAUUUUUCAUUUUAAUAUAGCUAAAGUUGGAAGUUUAUUUUAUUUUCAGACAAAAUUAAUGACUUAAUCACCUCUCCUCAAUUCUAGUGAGGCAGUUAGAGGUGCCUUGUAAUAGAGAUUGGAGAGAAUAUUUAUCCUGUGUGCACAUGCCUGUGUGUUUUAUUAAAGCUGCAAAGUAAGAUUGAUAAUAAGAAAUCUAAAUCUCAAUGAUGAUGAUGAUGAUGAUGAUAACAAAAUCCUUUUAUAACUCUACAAAAGUAAUUACUAGGAGAAAAUCGUUAGUGUCUAUAUAUGUAUAUAUUUUAGACUAUAGAUGCUGAAAAUUAAUGGAAAUGACUUUCUAAGUAAUUCAGAUUUUUAAAAUUUUUUAUUAUAACUAUAAGUUUUGUAUAGUUGGGUCAUGCAUCCAAUAUAAUUGUCCCUAAAAUUGCAAUUUGCAAACAUUUUCCUCCUUGUCAAAGUAGACCAUGAGACGCCAAUCAAUGAUGAAAUGGGGAGAGCAGGAAGACAAAUAUAUUAGAAACUGUUAUUGUAACAUUCUUCAUUGCUUGUUUAUCUUCCCAUCCUCCAUUGCGUUCUUCUUUUCUUUGGUGCAUCCAAACCAUGGCUAAUUUCAUUACUGUGAUUGUUGUCUUACUCACUUAUAGGGUUGCUCUGCCACAUGGGUAUAUUCAAUGUAUAAGUUAAGAGGCAGCCUUAGCUCGUUGAGAAAUACUUCAUAUCAACACCAAAGCAGGUAUCUCAACAUGAAGACGAAGGUUGAAUUGGCAAAGGAGGAUUGGAGGAAGAGCUUUUGAAUGAGGUGGAAGAUUGGAUGGGCAAACAGAGCUUGGCUUCUCUGAACUAAUGACUCCUCUUCCCACUCAGAGUUCAGUAUUUCAGUGUUUCUCACUUCCACACUUAUCUCUAUGAUUUUAUGAUUUGAGGUUCUAAGCAUUUGAUUCUGAUUUUGCCCACUAUGGUCAGCCGUAUGCUUUCCAAAAAUAUCUUCAUUUUCUCAUCCAUUUGUUCUUCAUCAUCUUUAGUUUGUCCUCUUCUCUUUCAAAUUUGUCACUUCCCUAGCUUGUUGAAUAACUCUUCAUUACUUAGAUGUCACUAUCAUGAAUCCCGAAAUAUACCAGUUCCAGUAUGGUGGGAUUUUGAGAAUUGUAAUCCACCAUCUGAUGUGAAUGUUUAUAAAAUUGCUCACUGCAUAAGUGAGGCAGUUAGAGCCAAAGGGAUCAUGGGUCCCCUUCAAAUUAAGGCAUUUGGUGACGUUUAUCAGCUCACAAGGACUAACCAGGAGGCUCUCGCAUCUACUGGGAUCAAAAUCAUCCAUGUUCCUAAAGGUGGAAAGAAUAGUGCCGAUAGAUCUCUUCUAAUUGACCUUAUGUAUUGGGUUUCCCAAAAUCCUCCUCCAGCUCAUUUGUUUCUAAUUUCUGGUGAUAAGGAUUUUGCAGAAGUGUUACAUCGUUUGAGAAUGAAUAACUACAAUAUCCUAAUUGCUAGUAUGGAGAUUUCUAAUGUUCUCUGCAGUGUAGCAACUAUAGUGUGGCACUGGAAUUUAUUACUUAGAGGAGAAAAUGUUAAGGGAAAACAUUUCAAUCAUCCUCCUGAUGGUUUGUAUGGUACUUGGUAUGGUCACCAUGAUGAACCUCUUGAAGACCCUUUCCCAGAUGGAAAGAAAUUUACAUUUCCACGAAUUGAGGAAUUCCCAAAAUCUAUCUCAGGUUUGAACUUACGUCCAAUUCCAAAGUUAGUUGUGAGGCAGGUUCAUCAAAUAUUGAGUUCAUAUCCAAACGGCAUCCCUUUAACAUGUCUUCGAAUGGAGUUGGAAAAAGCUGGUAUUUCAUUGCCUAAAGAUUACUAUGGAUAUAAAAAGUUUUCCCUUUUGCUUUUAUCAGUGGCAUGUGUACAUCUUCAGGUUGUACCUGCAGGACUUAUUGCACAUUACAUCUCCAAAAAAUCUCCUAAACCCAUUGCAAGCAGUUUUGUGUCAUCAACAGAAUUAGUUGAUAAUGAGGAGUUGAAUCAUGUGGCUACUUCAAUGGCCUCAUCUCAUGAACUUAGUGGGGAAGAUAUUCCAGAGAAAGUCAAACAGGUUGCGGAUGUGACCAAGACCAAGAGUCAAUUGCCUCCUAAGGAGAAUGAAAUACUUUGCUCUACUGAUGCAAGUCAAGCUGUUGCAGAAACUGCAACUUGUCACAUUGUUGGAAGCACUGAAUCUGUGGUUGCCAAAAGCAGCGGUGGACACACGGAAACUCACAGCAGUACUGUUAGCAAACGUCUAACUUUCAUGGGUUGGAUUGGAAGUUGGUGGCCAUUCAGGAAAAAAGUUCAAAACACUCAUAAUUUGACCGCUCACAGGAAUGAGAUGGUUAGUAACGCUAAAGAGCCUGAGUUAUUGAGUUCGCAACAGACAGUUAGUCAUUAUAAAGAGCCUGAGUUAUCAAGUCUAAAACAGAGCUUCGGUCAUUCUGAAGAGCUUCAGUCAUUUGAACAGAGACAAAUGGCGAGUCAAUUUAUGGAGGCUGGGUUGUCAGAACUGAGACAGACAGUGAAUCAUUCUGGAGAGCCUAAGUUAUUUUCUUGUAGUUCCUUUUGGGAGGAAAUGGAAUCUUUUGUUUUCACCUCCAAAGGAGCAAUUCUUGUCUUCCACUCAAGAAGCAGGAAGGAUAUAGCGCUUAGUUUUCAAAAGUAUGGACCCCAGGUUCUCCGCUCGCUUAGUGAAAGUGAUCUACUUCUAUUGGUGGGUUUUUUAAUAUCUGAGAAGAAAUGGCUGCAGGAAAGGCCUUCUGAGGCUUUUCCUUUCCGUGUCAUUCCAGGCAGAACUAGACAAAUUAACUUACGAGAAUCAUCAGAAUGUCAAGUUGAUAAAAAACAGAGUAUUCUUCAUACUGAGGCUUCUUCACCUGCCCCUCAAAAAGAGCACACUGAGAAGUCUAGCACUGAGAAGUCUAGAACUGACAUGACAGCAGAUGUUCAGAAACUUGUGAGUAAGAUAUUGAAGGACCACCCGAAUGGGUGCAAUAUGGGUCUGAUACGAACGCUCUUUCUCCAGAAGUAUGGCUAUCAUUUAGAUAUUGGGAAGCUUGGUUAUUCUAAGUUAUCGCACCUCAUCCAGAGUCUGCCUGGAGUGGACACAGAGGAUGCAUGUUUCUUUCCUGCAAAUCGUGGCAUACAUGCUUCUGUUAAUGAAACAUCAAUUCUCGAAGCACAAGAGACAAAACUAAGUGAUGCAGACUACCACUAUUCAGAUAAUGAGUUGCAUGAUUCAUACUCUGAAGAUGAUUGGAAAGAAUCCCCAUGGGAGGAAUUAGGACCUGUUUCUGUCAGAAAUUCCAACGAGAGUGACCUGGAAUCAAGACCAAUGCAGAAACCAAUAGAACUGAAGACUGCAAUAGAUCCUGAUUAUGGAUAUGAUCUCUCUGAUGAUGAUUGUUCUGAAUCUGAAGGAGAUAACUCCUGUUUAACUCAAUCAGGAGUGAAAGAAUCCCCAUGGGAGGAAUUAGGACCUGAUUCUGUCAGCAAUUCCAGCGAGAGUGACCUGGAAUCAAGACCAAGGCAGAAACCAAUGGAGCUGAAGACUGCAAUAGAUCCUGAUUAUGAAUGUGUUCUCUCUGAUGAUGAUUCUUCUGAAUCUGGAGGAGAUAUAUCCUGUUUAACUCGAUCAGAAGAGAAAGAAUCCCCAUGGGAGGAAUUAGGACCUGAUUCUGUCAGCAAUUCCAACGAGAGUGACCUGGAAUCUAGACCAAGGCAGAAACCGAUAGAGCUGAAGACUGCAAUAGAUGCUGAUUAUGAAUGUGUUCUCUCUGAUGAUGAUUCUUCUGAAUCUAGAGGAGGUAACUCCCGUUUAACUCAAUCAGAAGGGGAAGGCCAGCCAAAACUUAACGGGGAAGACAGUUCUUUGCAAACUCUGGACUCAUUGUAUGACAGUCAAGGAGAGGAUAGUGUGAAUCCAAACGAGGUCAAUACAGAAGGCAAUGGUCUGACUGAUGGUUUAAAUCCAUCAAGGAUUUCCACUCCAGGUACGAGUUCAGAAAUUCAUUCAGGGGGCUAUAAUGAGAAGCACAUGACCCAGAAAAACUGUUCAUUUGAUGCUGAACCUGACUCAUACAAGAAUAAGGAGCUGUCGUAGGGAUAUUACAAUGCUUGAAAAGGUCAAAUGACUUGAAGAUGCCUAAUUGAGGUAUUCCAUGAGUUCAGAAUAUCUGAAGUGGGGUCGGGUCCUAUUACUUCGGGAUAGAGAUUAUGGGAUUCUUGUGACUUAGGAUUACUAACAUAGCCAGGUGGAGUCCUAGUACUUGAGAAUAGACAUUUGGUAUUUUCAAGGGCCUGUUUGGUUUCUAUUCUCAUUUUUUAUUUUUAAAAACUGUUUUAUAUUACAGUUUUCAAAAGUGUUUUUAAAACAAAAAUAAAAUGACAAUUCUUUUGUUUAUGUUGGUCAAAAACAGUUAUAGAAUUAAAAAAUGGAUUGGUGGUAAUGGUUUUAGGCAAUUAACGGUGGUGAUUAAUAAUAGAAAUUAAUUAAGAUAACUAUAAUUUUUAAUAAUUAAAUGCAGUACAUUUUAAAAACAAUAAAAAUAAAAUGAAAACAACUUAAAGUUGUUUCCAUAUUUUUUUAAAAAAAUGAAAACAAUUUUAAAAACAACUAAUAAAAACACUUAUCCAAACAAAUUUUUAAAAUUUUCUAUUUUUAAAAAUAAAAAAUGAUUUUUAAAAACAGAAGACAAACAUACCCCAAGUCUCCUGGGGGGAAAAUUGUGGCAUCUCCAUGUCAGAUAUUGUUAUGCCAGAUUGAGUCUGAAGUUGGGUCCUAUUCUACGGAAUAGAGAUUGUAGGAUUUUUGUGAUUUAGAAUUGCUAGCAUACCCAUUUAGAAUUAGUAACAUAGGAUUACUAGUACAAACUCAGAUGGCGGCGUGCUUCUUUCCAUCACGUGCGAUGCAUAGCAUAUAUAGUUUCACUGGUCAUGGCACUGACCAUUAGAUUGAGGUUGGUUCAUGUACAUUAAAUGGUUGCCCUUAUGAGAUCAUAUUCAUGAGGUUAGUAUAGAGAUGAUUGACAAGACUUGAGGAUUUUCGGAACUAAAAUGCAGAUCAAACUAUGAAAUUAAUCAUUUUGUAUCCCCAUUUCAGUGAUUAAAGUAAUGAAUUUAUUAAA